CCCAUGCGCUGGCAAUAUGGCAGAAAAGCACCCACUGGAUCAAACACACUUUGAGGAGUUUGGCCAGUCCCUGGGUGUGCAGAAGAGGAUCAAGCUGGAGGACCAAGUAGAGAACUGUUCCAACCUCCCCAGCGGCGACCCGCACAACGCGCCUCCAUCGCGCGUCGUGCACGCCCGCGCCGUUCCGGAUGGCUGUACCCACACGCAGAUGAUAGCCGCUCUCACCAAGUUUGGGUCGAUCUCGUAUGUGACCAUGAUGCCACGUCUUCGCCAAGCUCUCGUUGAGUUUGAAAACACGGAGGAUGCCAUCAACUGCGUCUCAUCUUGCCAGGCGAGCCAGGUGUACAUCAUGGACCGCCCAGUGUUUUUCAACUAUUCCACCAGUCAGGAGAUAACCAGGUCGCCAUAUGGGAUUGUUCCUGGAGGGACCCACGACCAGAUGGGAGGCAGCAUGAAUGCAUUUGGAGAGAAUCACAUCCUCCUAUUCACAAUCUUCAACCCGCUCUACCCAAUCACAGUGGAUGUCAUUCGCACCAUAUGCUCUCCCUAUGGGUUUGUACAACGCAUCGUCAUCUUCAGGAAGAACGGUCUCCAGGUCCUAGUUGAGUUUGAAUCGGAUGCGUCUGCCUCGAGGGCCAAGCAGCAGUUAGAUGGAGCCGAUAUCUACGCUGGAUGCUGCACACUCAAAAUUGAAUACGCCAAGACCCAGAAGUUGAAUGUGUACAAGAACGACGAGAUGACGUGGGACUUCACUGCACAAGCAGGUCGCACUCUCCAGUCGGGCUACGGUGGUCCUGGCCGCAUGCAGCAGGGUCUCCGUGGCAACCUGCCCAAUGUCCCCAACGUGCCAAAUGUACCUGCGUUUGCUCCACCUCAGCCGCCGACAGGGCAGUACAACAUGGUUGGCACCCCAGCCAUGGCAGGCACCGGCUCUGUGCUCAUGAUCUACGGCCUGGCCCAGGGCAAGUUCAACUGCGACCACAUCUUCAAUCUCCUCUGCUCGUAUGGAAACGUCCUCAAGGUGAAGAUCUUGCUGAACAAGCCGGGGACAGCCAUGGCUCACCUGGACAACCCCCAGGGAGCCAAGAAUGCCAUCCACCAUCUCCAUGGACACGGACUCAUGGGCUCCACUCUUGAACUCAAUUAUUCACGGCACAGCUACAUAGCGGACUACAGCCAGGGCGGCACGCUGGCCGACGGGACCCCCUGCUGGAAGGAUUUCUCCCAGUCUCGCAACAACAGGUUCCUCACCGCCGAGGGCACCAGCAAGAACAGGAUCGUCGCUCCGGCCAAGAUUCUCCACUUUUAUAACGGCCCACCUGACAGCUCUGAUGAAAGUAUCAGGGAGCUUUUUGAGAAAGUCGGUGCUAGUGCUCCAGACGGAAUCAAGUUUUUCUCACAGGGUCCAACAGUGAAGAGUGCCACUGGUCUGAUGGAGUGGGGCGACGUGGACCUUGCUCUGGACGCCUUUGUGCUCGGGAACCACCACACCCUCUUUGCCAAGAAUGGUCAGGCAUACACUUUCAAGAUGGCCUUCUCUUCCAACACAUCUCUGGACAGCUCGGGAGGUGGAGGAGGGAGUGGAGUGAUCAAUGCAUAGAGAGCAACACCACUACCCUGCCUGUCACAUGUGCAUCACUCGCCAUGCAACAUGCAUGCAUCGUGCACACAUACGACUAUAUACAAAUUGUUUGAACACUGGCCGUGAGCAAGUUUUCGUGCAACUUCUUCAUGACGUUGUGUUGGGAAUUACACAAAGUGAACAAUAAUAAUAUGCGUGCAUGCUCAACGCGUAUGUACACACUGCACAAGGCAGUUCACUGGCCGAGGGUCUGCUAUUGCACAAGGCAGUUCACUGGCCGAGGGUCUGCUAUAAAGCACACGUGUGUAGACUUAGAGUCUUCAACAGUUUGUAGAUGUGUGACUG